AUGGCUGGCUCAAUCUCCAACGUGAUCUACCAGACCUUCAUUCGCAGGAAUGCCGUUUUCCUAACGACCAUCUUCGCGAGUGCUUUCGCGUUUGAGCUUGCCUUCGAUACCACUUCCAACAAGAUCUGGGAUUCCGUCAACCGCGGCCGGCAAUGGAAGGACAUCAAGUACCGUUAUCUGAACAAAGACGAGGAGGAGGAAGAGUAA